GCCAAGUGUAUUUAUGAGUAGACUCCCCCCUCAUUGCCUCCUCAUCACAUUCACAAACUUAACAGAAAAUAAAUUGAUUUUUUUUUUGCAGGUUUUGAGGAGAAUCUGUGUCAGACACAGAGCACAGUGUCAAAUUGCGAUCGUCUUCGUCUUCGUCUUCUUCCUCCUCCAGAUACAUCGAUCGAUCAUCCAUUUCCCUCUUUUGAUUCCUUCUUCUAACGAAUCAGAUAUGGAUGUCUGUUUGAGCUAUUCGUACCAUAUGGAUGAUGAGAUUGCUAAGUUUAUCAGAAGAGUGAAUCCUCCAAGGGUUGUGAUCGAUAACGAAGUCUGCAAGAACGUUACUGUCAUUAAGGUGGAUAGUGCGAAUAAACAUGGGAUUCUUCUGGAAGUUGUUCAAGUCUUGACUGAUCUUAACCUCACCAUCAAGAAAGCUUACAUCUCCUCUGAUGGUGGCUGGUUCAUGGAUGUCUUCAACGUUACUGACCAAGACGGGAACAAAGUUACUGAUGAAAUCGUUCUUGGAUACAUCCGUAAAUCUCUUGGCCCUGAUGACUCUUCUUGCUACAGCCCUAGAUCAACCAUUGGUGUUAAACAAUCUGUCGAUUUCACUGUCAUUGAGCUAACCGGAACCGACAGACCCGGUUUGUUGUCUGAGCUAUGCGCUGUGCUAACGGACCUUCAAUGCAACGUGGUCAACGCUGAGAUCUGGACGCAUAGAGCAAAAGCAGCGGCGGUUUUACAAGUGACUGACGAGGAAACCUGCUCUGCAGUCACUGAUCCGGAGAGGCUGUCACAGAUUAGGAAGCUUCUCGGUUACGUGCUUACAGGUGGAAGCAGGAGCAGAAGGUCCUGUGAACCCAAAACCACGGUUUCUUCUUCUCUUGAUGAGACUUACGCGGAUCGUAAGCUUCAUCAGCUGAUGUUUGCUGAUAGAGAUUAUGAUGAGUGGGAGAAUAAUGUUGGUGAUGAUGAGGAUAAGAGUGGGAGAGUAGUUCCAGAUGUGGAUGUCUCCAACUUGCAUGAUUUGGAUUACUCUGUUGUGAUGAUCAGAUGUAAAGAUAGACCAAAGCUUCUCUUUGAUACCGUCUUCACUUUGACGGAUAUGAAUUAUGUGGUUUCACAUGCCAGCAUUGAUGCUGAAGGCCCUGAAGCUUAUCAGGAAUAUUACAUAAGACAUACAGAUGGAUCUCCUGUGAAGUCUGAGGCAGAGAGACAGAGAGUGAUCAAAUGUCUUAAAGCAGCUAUUCAAAGAAGAGUCUCUGAGGGCUUGAAGCUUGAGCUUUGCACUUCAGAUAGAGUAGGGUUACUCUCUGAUGUGACUCGGAUUUUCCGUGAGAAUAGUCUUACAGUUACGAGAGCAGAAGUGAAAACAAAAGGAGGGAAAGCUCUCAACACAUUCUAUGUGAAGGAUGCUUCUGGUUAUCAAGUUGAUGCUAAGACCAUAGAUGCAAUUAGGCAGGUCAUUGGUCAGACAAUACUUCAAGUGAAAGGUGGAAACACAGAGGUGAAACCGAGUUCUCAAGAAUCACAAACCGGGUUUCUCUUUGGUGUUUUCAAGUCGAGAUCUUUCGUCAAUUUCGGGUUGAUCAGGUCUUGAACUUCUUGAAGGAAGUGUUCCUUUUAUCUGUAAAUGGCAGUUGGUAGCAGUGGUGGUACACACUGUGAAUAUGUAGAUGAAGAAGCUCGUUUAGGACAUCAAUGUUUAGGGCUUUUUAGUAUACUCUUAUGUAGAAUCUCUGGUUUUACAUUUGUGGAUGUAUAUAUAAAAAUUGGAUUUUAUUGAUUGUUGUGUUCGAUUA